GGGAAGAGCAGUGCAUGCACGCACAUGAAGAAGAAAGAGAUGUGGAUCUUCCAAAAUCUUCCUUGCCACCAACGCAUCACCAGAAUAGCUUCUUGCGGUUAGUAGCAGUGUACAUCGAUGAUGUAAUCGUCGAAGCCAGUUGCACUUCUAAGUAGAAAAAAGGGAAACGUCAAUACAUACAAUCUACAGAGGAUCUGAUCUGAUCUGAGUCUUCGAAAUGAUCACAUCGUGAGAUGCAUGAAGAACCAAGUAUUGCAACGAAGUCGAGUACUGUGUCUUGGAAGGAUGCAAAGUCAGGCAGGCGGGAGGAAUGUGAGACCAGAAUCAGAAUCCGUCCGUCGUGUGACGAGGCGACGCAAACUGUCGCUUUUAACCUUCCAUGACCUUCCUCAUCCAGAAGGUCACCAAAAGUCGCUCGAAGACUUAGGAGUAAGACUUUGCUGGAACGAGAUCUUCCAUGAUUCGCAUUUCCGAAUGUGAUUCGUUCCUUCCAUCUGGCUGUGUUUUCAUACUUGGCAUUCGAGUAGUUGGUUCAACGCAAUCGGUCGAAUCCAAAGAAAUGAUUCACCGAUGUCACAAGAACCUACUACGGUUGUGCUCUUUGAACCAAUCUGUCAAUGUGCUUUGGAUUGCUUCACUUGUACAACUGGUACUUUUUGUUGGUGAGCAAUACAUGUACCUCCUUUGACUAAUGGUGAUAUUCAACAAAGCCCAUGCC